AUGGCUUACGCAGAGUGUGGAUCCCUCUUUGAGUUCUUGCACGGCAGCGAGCAAAGGGAGUAUACCAUGGCAAUGGCUAUAGACUGGAUGAUUCAGUGUAUCCAGGGUAUUAACCACAUGCAUUCCAUGGAACCAAUACUGAUUCAUCGUGACCUAAAGACUGCCAAUCUACUCCUAACCAAAAAUUACAGGAAUUUGAAAAUUGGAGAUUUCGGCAAUGCGACGGAUCUAGGAACUAUGAUGACAGAUAUGUCUGGCACUGCCGGCUAUAUAGCCCCAAAGGUUCUCUUAGGAAAUACGUAUACGGAAAAGUGCGACAUUUAUAGCUUCGGGAUUGUUCUAUGGGAGGUGAUGGCGCGCAGGAAACCAUUUCAUCACUUGUCGGAUCCAAAUACAAUUGCAAAGAUGUACUUACCGACCAAGGAUGAACGACCAAUAUUAUUUGAUAUAAUACCGAAUUGUGAGAAAUUUCGAUUUGUGAUCGAAAAUUGUUGGGAUCAGGAACCGAAGAAUCGACCCACAGUCAAAGAAAUUCAGCUUACAGACAUUCCAUGUCUUAAUAUUAUAAUGCGACCCUAA